CGCUGGACUAUAUCAUGAUAAGAUUUUCCCUCGUAGAACAGUUUUAAUACGAAAGUAAUUUCGACGAUGUAAACCGGAUAGUCUGACAAGCACUUCGACACGCAUACUUAAACAGUUAAAGGGCACAACCCCUCACCUUUAUAUAAAAAGGACAUAAUUACAUUGUAAAUAAAGUGUCUUUACAUAUAUAUUAAUUAAUAUAUAGUGUCGUCUAUGAGUUUAAUUAAUUACAUUAUCAUUCUGUUUGGCAGUUAUAUUUCCCCCUAUUUCUUAACACUUUUGAAAAAAUCAUGUUGAAUGGAUUAAUACGCAAUGAAUUAAUACGCUUCGUCAAACGUCAUGCAGUGCUGUUCAUGGAAAUUCGAAACUUUACGGGGAAAACAACGGAAACAGCAAUCUGUUGUCCAGCAACGCAUGUGAUUUGAAAUUAUAUCAAUCUAUCAAAAUCUAGCAGUAUGUUGGAAGAAAUAAUUGGCAUGAUUUUGUCACUAUUUUCGCUUGUCUUCGACGAAACACCAAGCGUAUCUUCUCAAGUUCUGAUCAAUAACCCUGCAACAAGUAAUACGGAAGAGUCAGAGGCUGAUGAUGGCAGAUGGCAAUCCUAUAUCAAUAAAGAAUACGGGAAUUCUCAUACUAACGAACAGUUAACAGAUUAUACAACGCUUGAUGGUGUUUCGUCUGAGCGGCGGAGUUUUUGGGAGUCGAUUUCGAAAAGUUCGCUUACAACUCUAACUGUUAUGGUCGCCCUGAUCCCGUCAACGGCUGUCAUAAUGGCGUUUCUUUAUGUUGAUUUAAACACAACUGAUCUUUGUUUGGAAUGGCAGUAUCACAAUAACACUUUACCAUUUUCUGUAAAACGACUACGCGUCAUCGGUGAUAGUGUUGAAGCGGUGAUAAUCAAUCUUUGGUUUCCGCUGACAUCUGUAGUUCUAUUUGGAUGGAAAGAGUUUAAACUGAGGUUUAUGUCCACUUUUUAUGUCGCUUUUAUCUUCGGAGGAAUGACAAUAAUUUAUUACUUAUUUUUGCUAGUAUUUGGUGUCUACGAUACGAGCGUGUAUUACCGAAUUCCUGGUAAUGUGUUGUUCUUUUCUGGCAUAAUUUGCUGUAGCAUUGUCAUCCUUCGCAAUAUCCGAGCGAACCAAUCGAGCAAUCAAACAUUCUCCUAUUCUAAGCAUCAUAUUUUUGCUUUAGUUUCAGCAGAGUUCAUUGUAUGUUCUGCAGUGGCAUUUAUCUACAGAUACUCUAUAGUGCCUUUUUUUAAUAGCGUAAAACAAGAAAAUUAUAAAUUCAUGGUGGCUGCGAUCGCACCGGCACUGACCAUCGUCCCUGCGGCGAUUUGUAAACACACAGCGUUGAGACGAAGUUCCGAGGUUGUAGACCCCGGCCGGAGUUUUGUCCUAGUAUACUUUAUCCGAGGUGGUGUCAUACUCUUAUACCGCACAAUGCAAGCAGAUUUGAAAAGCAUUUGGCUUUUUAUUGGGUUAUCUCUGUUCUCUGGUUUCUGAACUUUUUGGAAAAGGCGACCUAUCGAAUACGGAUGAAAUUGUGGACAUACAUUAUCUCACUUUUGAAUCGAACUGUUUGCUGUCGAAGCCUUAUUGAAUUGCCUCAGAAUACCCCGCAUUAUAGACGGUUAAAAGCAGACUUAGAAAUUCAAGAUAUGCUUUUUGAAUACAGUACACUUGUUUUAAGCCAAGGUUACUUCGUGUUGUAUUUUGCAGAAAGUUUUAAACUUUCGGUGUCGUCUUUCUGUUUGGAAUCUCUGAAAAGAGUUGCAAUUGGCAUUGGAAUUGAUCUAUUUUUCAAUUGCCUUUCAAAUUUUGUGCAAAUCCAUUACUACAAUAUUCCAGUUGGUCGCGUUUGGACGAAGUACUGGAAACGACACAUGUUGGCUAACUUCAUCAUCAUCAUUGUGAUAGUGUCAUACUUUAGCCCCGUCCUUCUUUCGGUUUUUCAAGCACGGCAGACUGGGACAAGUACCAGACAGUACAUAGUCAGAAAUUGUACGUUUUCUUAGUCUGACUGGUUGGCCUUGUCAUAAAAACAAGUUAGCCUAUACUGCUAGAUAUAGGUGGGUCUCACCAAGCCUUUGACAUGGUGCUCACUGCUCAUAUGGUAAUGUGAACACCAUAUCAAUGGGACUUGUAGAUGGAAAUGUCAAGUCGAAAGGUUGCAGAUUUGAUUCCUGCCAGAUGGCUUAUAGUUGCGUUUUUCGCAACUGUUCCAGGUUAUAUCUAUUGCUCUGAAGUUUAGGAUAUAUUUGGUGAAAUACAAUCCAAAUGCUCGAAUUAUUUCAAAUAUGAGCAAUGAUGUACAUUACUUACUCUAUUGCUUUAUCUGCCUUGGGCUGGGAGCCACUUGAUAUUAUGAGAAAAAAGGCAAAAGCAAAAAUGAUGUACAAAACUCCAAAUAAAACAGGCCCAGAGUCUCUUACAAACCUCUUCACUUACACUAAAUGAGGUAACAGAUUAUAAACUUCGAAAUAUUUCAAGCGGUCUUUGUCUGCCACAACCACGCACCAAUAGCAUGUAGAAUAGUUUCAUGUAUGAUGGUGCUAAAUUAUGGAACUCUAUUCCAAGUGAAAUUAGGGAAAGCCAAUCCCUGUCAAGCUUUCAAAAGAGAAUGGCUGCUCACAUUUUCUAAAUAAAAGACAACUACUAGGGUCUACUACUUGUAAAUAACUAUUCUGCUAUUUCUACUAUCUAAUUUGUACUACUUGUUACUAUUUCUCGUUUUUGCAAAUAACUAUUCUGCUAUUUCUACUAUCUAAUUUGUACUACUUAUUACUAUUUCUCAUAUUUGUAAAUACCUAACUGUAAAUCUUCUUUUACACGCCCCCUGUGGAAAUCAGCUUCGGUUGACAGGGUUAGCGUGGGUAAAUAAAGUUGUUCUAUCUAUCUAUCUUUAUAAAAUAACAUGUAUAUAACGCGUAUUCUGAUUGGUCGAAAGCCGUGUUUGGAUCAGGCCAUCCAAACACGGAAGACUACCGUGUUGUUGUUAUUUUAUAAAACAAUUACUUUAUGGUUUCCGUGUUUGGAUGGACUGAUCCAAACACUUGGGAAUGUUGCUCGAGUUAAGAAAAGCGGGCAAAAUCACUCGCCUUCGGCUCGUGUUUCGCUCGCUUUCCUUAACUCUCGCAACAUUCCCGCGUGUUUGAAUCAAGCUAUCCAAACACGGAAACCAUAAAGUAAUUGUAUAAUCUAUCUAUCUAUCUAUCUAAUAGUUUAACACUUAAUGUAUGAAAAUGCUACUUGAAAUCUCCAUCUAUACGAAUCCCUUUGACAAGUUCAACACUUAAGGUCCAGACACACCGGACGAGAUUCGACAACGCGACGCGAUUUUUUAGUUUUUGACGGUUAAUAAAACAGCCAAUGAGAG